CAGCAGUACAAUUAUGCAGCCACCAGUACGGGAACUUGCAUCAUUGCAAACCGCUUUCCCAUAGCUACAGUUUUUCGCCAUGACACAGCCUGUUGUUUUGGUAACUGGUUGUACUGAAGGCGGUAUCGGUUAUACGCUUUGCCAAGAAUUUCUAAAACGAGAUUGCAGGGUAUAUGCAACUGCGAGGCGAAUCGAGAGCAUGAACGCACUACAAGGGUGUGAAAAGUUGGUGCUGGAUGUAACUGAUGCUGCAUCGAUCGAAUCAGCUGUUGAGAAAGUAAUUGAGGACGCGGGACAUAUUGAUAUCUUGAUCAACAAUGCAGGCGCACCUGCCGUGGGUGCAUUAUUGGACACCGACAUAGACGAUGCACGUAGAUGCUUUGAGGUCAACGUGUUUGGUUUGCUUGCCAUGUGUCGCGCGGUAGCCAAGCAUAUGGCCAGACGAGGAUCAGGCAAGAUUGCCAAUGUUGGCUCGGUUCUUGGCUAUGUUUCCACUCCUUGGGAUGGUAUCUACGGCAUGUCAAAAGCAGCGGUGCAUUCAUUGUCGGAUACGCUACGUAUGGAGCUGGCCCCUUUUGGUAUUCAAGUUACAGUGGUUGUCCCUGGUGCAAUCACAUCAAACUUUGCAAAAAACGCCACGACCACGAUUAGUGUACCAAAAGGUAUGCUUACACAAAAAUUGAAAUUGAAAGCAAGGAGGGCCAAGACAGAUACUAUAAUGCUUACUACUCUAAUGUCUGUUGUCUUCUCUAUAGGCUCCUUAUACCAAUCCGUUGUCAAGUAUAUUUAUGCUAGAGCGAAUAUAUCACAAGAUCCACGCUGCAUGUCAACGGCUGUGUUUGCAACAUAUGCUACGAGUAAGUUAUUGAAACGAUAUCCUCCUCGCUAUGUAACCUACGGAACGGAUUCCUCUAUAUUUCUAUUAUUCUAUUACCUUCCCGUGUUUAUCCGAGAAUCAUUUAUAUCCAAAGCAUUUGGUCUACGCCAAGUCAAGCCCAUCGCAAAUGAAUAGUUAUGUUAGACCCAUAUAGUAAAACACAAGGUCUCGCUCGUUUCAAUCUGUUUUCGUCGUUGUCAAAUAAUUAUCUUUUGCAGCUAUAUUUCUCUCCGGUCGGGAAUAAUAUUUAUAGUUAUAGGAUAUCUACAAGCUAAGACCACGGAACAACUAUAUCGCGUUAUAUGUAGGGUUUAUUUCGGCAUAAAUUGGAUAUUAUGCUAACAACUCCAGAUAUAAUGCGGUUCUAC